AUGCCCGAAAUAAAGAUUACACCACUCGGUGCUGGUCAAGAUGUGGGCCGUAGCUGCAUCUUACUAUCUAUGGGUGGCAAAAAUAUCAUGCUCGACUGCGGUAUGCAUAUGGGUUACAACGACGAGCGGCGUUUUCCAGAUUUCUCAUACAUUGUUCCUGAAGGCCCUAUUACCAGUCAAAUAGAUUGUGUUAUCAUAUCCCAUUUUCACCUUGACCAUUGCGGAGCUCUACCAUAUAUGUCAGAGAUGGUUGGCUACACAGGUCCCAUCUAUAUGACCCAUCCUACCAAAGCUAUAGCUCCUAUACUUCUUGAAGAUAUGAGGAAAGUAGCUGUAGAGAGAAAAGGUGAAUCAAAUUUCUUCACAUCACAGAUGAUUAAGGAUUGCAUAAAGAAGGUGACUGCUGUUACUCUUCAUCAGUCUGUAAUGGUUGAUAACGAACUAGAAAUUAAGGCCUAUUAUGCCGGUCAUGUUCUUGGUGCUGCUAUGUUUUGGAUCCGUGUUGGAUCACAAUCUGUCGUCUACACUGGCGAUUACAACAUGACCCCAGACAGACAUCUGGGUGCAGCAUGGAUUGAUAAAUGCAGACCAGAUCUUCUUAUCACAGAAUCAACAUAUGCUACAACAAUUCGUGAUUCUAAACGGUGCCGUGAAAGAGAUUUCCUUAAAAAGGUACAUGAAUGCGUGGAAAAAGGUGGUAAAGUCCUGAUACCUGUCUUUGCCUUAGGCAGAGCUCAAGAGCUUUGUAUUCUACUUGAGACAUACUGGGAAAGAAUGAAUUUAAAAUGCCCAGUGUAUUUUGCAUUGGGGUUGACAGAGAAAGCUAAUAACUAUUAUAAGAUGUUCAUAACAUGGACUAAUCAAAAGAUUAGAAAGACAUUUGUGCAAAGAAAUAUGUUCGAUUUUAAACAUAUUAAACCUUUUGACAAGUCUUUUAUUGACAAUCCUGGUGCAAUGGUUGUUUUUGCCACACCAGGCAUGUUGCAUGCUGGAUUAUCUCUUAACAUUUUCAAAAAGUGGGCACCUUAUGAACAGAAUAUGGUCAUAAUGCCUGGGUUCUGUGUCCAAGGUACAGUUGGUCACAAAAUCCUAAAUGGAGCUAAGAAAGUUGAACUUGAAAACCGGCAAGUAGUUGAAGUUAAAAUGGCUGUUGAAUACAUGUCAUUCUCGGCACAUGCUGAUGCUAAAGGUAUAAUGCAGUUAAUCCAGUACUGUGAGCCGAAGAAUGUGUUAUUAGUACAUGGGGAGGCACAGAAAAUGGAAUUUUUAAAGGACAAAAUUGAAAAAGAGUUUAAAAUUAGUUGUUUCAUGCCAGCUAAUGGUGAAACAUGUACAAUUAAUACCCCAACCAAGAUUCCUAUUGAUGUAUCUCUGAGGUUGCUAAAGGCAGAAGCUGUGAGAUAUAAUGCGCAACCUCCAGACCCUAAACGGAGAAGAGUUGUCAAUGGUAUUCUUUGCGUCAGAGACAACAGAUUGUCCCUCAUUGAUAUUGAUGAAAUGUGUGAUGAAAUAGGCAUAAACAGGCAUGUUAUUAGGUUUACUAGCACAGUCAGGUUUGAAGAUCCUGGGCCUUCAGUCAAAACAGCAGAAAAGUUGAAAACAUUGCUUGCAGAGAAACUGGAAGGUUGGACAAUCACUAUAUCAGAGGCUAACAUAUCUGUUGAGUCUGUGCUUAUAAAGGUUGAGGGUGAAGAUGAUAGCACUAAGAACAUAUAUGUGUCUUGGACAAAUCAAGAUGAAGAUUUAGGUAGUUAUAUAUUAGGUUUACUCCAAUCAAUGGUCCAGUAA